AUGUCAUCAUGGCAAGAAUAUGAAAAGCGAAUGGCUUUGGAUCAAUCAGUUGGAGUACAGUUAGACAGGAUUGGUGCACAAGUAAUAGACAACAACAGAAAAAAAAGAGCUGUGGAAGCAAGUGAAAUAUUUAGUGGUCUCAAGUCCUUCUCGUUUGUCGUGAGUCUUCUGAUCUAUAAGAAAGUGUUUGGCAUCACAACUCAAUUAUCUGAUGCUUUCCAAUCAGAAUCACUUCACAUUGGACAAGCUGCCAAUCUUGUAGUUGCAACUAUUGAUACUUUUGAAGAUAUGAGGUCAGAUGACAAAUGGGAGUUUCUUUGGGAAGAAGCUCCAGCAUUCAGUCAGAAGCAUGGCUUAUCAAUGUCACAGCCAGUUCACAGAAGAACACCAAGGCAAACCCAGUUACCUUCCGGACUUAGUGACAGCAUAGUAACUGAUACAGUAGGACAUACUGUCAAUAAUCAAUGUAGCCAUGACUACAAGAGAAAUGUAUAUGUAGAUGUCAUUUUUCAAGAAAUGAAGGAACGUUUUAGUACUGAAAGCAUCAGCUUAUUGAAGGCCAUUGACUGUCUUCAUCCAACUUCAAAUAAACUUCCUAAAUUCUAA